UAGAUACCAUAUUUUUAUAAUACCUUUUCCCUUCUUCCAUUAUAUAUUAACAAAAAAAUGUUAAUAAGUGUGCCUAACCAAUUGUUCUUAUUACGAGAAUUUUGCAGUCGGCAACCGAACAAAAGGGCUACAGAGCGUCAGGUAGGUAUUUAAAAAUACGAGCUCUAUAUUGCAUAAAAGGGGUUUUAUGAUGGGAUAGAUAACACUGGUGAGAGUUUUCGGAAUGGAUUAGUAUUUGUUAAAAUAUUGUUAUUUAAAUGUAAUUGUUAAUUUUAAAAAGACAAUGUAAAAAGUUUUUAACUUUGCUUUUGUCGGCAUCAUAACGCAAAACCACCCUUCUUUUUAAAAAUUAUGUCACAUAUUUUGCAUAAAUGAAAAUUUAGUUGACUUUUCGCUCGCGAUCAGGAAACAUCUCUACUAUCACUUACUGUAAUCACUUUCUGAACAUUUGACCCUUGCUCGUGAUCGGAUUUGUUGUUUUGCCUACGAUUUGGAUUAGUUUAUCAUGGAUUCUACUUGUGAACCUAGUAGUUCCAGUCAGACUCAAUUAGUUUUUGAGCAAUCAGAACGAGGAGGACUUCUUUUAUUGCGUGGUGGCUAUCAGCAUAACAAAAAACGCGAAAACAAAAACGGUACAACUGUUUGGUGUUGUGUGAAGUGGCAAACUCGGAAAUGUCGUGGACGUGUAGUCACAAAAAACAAUCUAGUUGUGAGUGAUGAUCCUCAUACAUGCCAACCAAAUUUUGCUGCCAACAUAAUAAAGAAACAACUGAACCAAUGCCGAAAAUUAGCUGCAACGAAAUCAGACCCAAUACCAACGUUAUUCAACAAUGAGAUGUCUUCGCUCGCUGAUUUUGGCCUCGACCUAGUAGCAACAAUACCGAAGUUUACAUCAAUAAAGAACAGUUUAUACCAUUCCAGAAAUAAAGCACUGGGAGUGAAAAGAACCACAUUUCAAACUGCUUCUGCCGUUGAAAUCCCAGAUGCAUAUAAAGACAAAAUAUUGCUGGCUGACUAUACAGACCAAAGGAACAGAAUCAUAGUAUUUGGAACACAUAAUGCGAAGCACUUACUAGCAACAGUUGAACAUAUUUUUGCAGAUGGUACGUUUAAAAUAUGUCCUAAGCCCUUCUACCAACUUUACACAAUCCAUGGAGAUUUGGGUAGUUCCGAAGAAACAUCUAACGUUGUCCCGCUGGUAUACGCGUUAUUAUUAAAUAAGAAACAGGCUACUUAUGAAAUCCUUUUUCAAAUAAUAAAGUCGCAAGUGCCGGAUUGGAAUCCAAAAAAAUUUCAAUCUGAUUACGAGGCAGCAGCUAUGAACGCAAUGCAAAAAAUAAUGCCUAAUUGUAAAAUUGUAGGUUGUUAUUUUCAUUUUAAAAGUGCUCUAAGAAAAAAAGCAAAAGAAUUAAAAUUAAAUAAAAAUCCCGUACAUAAAGCUCACGUUGCAAUCUGUGGCGCUUUAUCACUUCUGCCACAACACUUAAUCAGUGAUGGUUAUUUAUAUAUAAUGGAAGAUUGUUCCAAUAACGGGCAAAUAUUAGCUUUUAAUGACUACUUUGUGAACGCCUGGAUUGAAUCUAGUUUUUUCGGAAAAUGGUCAUUCUACGGUGAAAGAUUCAGGACCACAAAUCAUUUAGAAGGGUGGCAUUCAAAGUUAAAUAAAGGAAUAUCGAAUGCAAAACCGUCAUUUAUUAAAUUUUUAGAUCUCCUAUUGAAAAAUAUAAAAGAAUUUGAUCUCAAAAUAAAACAAUUUGAACAGGGUAUUCCAAUUUCAUAUAGAAACAAAAAUGUCAUAGAUUUUGAUAAACGUCUCGCUCAUAUAAUUACGCAGCAUCAAAACUGUGAAAUUACCUUGGGUCAUUGCUUAGAAAAAAUUUGCAACUUAACGUAG